UCUGUCUUCUUAUGAUGUGAUACCAUCAGCGAAUCAUCUUUUUCUUUCUCUGCUUCAAUUUAGACUGUUUCUAUUACUGUUGUCUUUUUCAUAAUGCAUCUUUGCGUUCUAGGUAUGUUCAUCAUUUGGCUUCACCCAAAAUAUUUCAUGAGCUCUCGGAUCACGUGUUUAAGGCCAUUGUAUGUCACUUCUGUGGUUGGAUACUGUAUUUUCGGCGAAAGUCGGAUGCUAUGUAGAUUCCCCAGGCCGGUUAUAGGACUGCCUGAUCAUAUUACUAUUCUUUGGAUUAUAUACACUCUUAUAUAUCUAUUUUGUCUGUGGGUCAAAAUCUUCAUUUGCUUGGGUUCGUGACGCGAAGGGAUGCGGACAAGUGGCUGGACAUGUUCGUCCUGUGGAGUAAAGC